AAUGGCUGCUGGCACCGCAGUGUUACCUCCUGGAUCGUCCUCUAGCAAUUCCGGCGGAGGGGGAAGCAGUCUUGGCUCAGAAUUAAGUCUGGAUCAGAUUCUACUGGACGCCAAGGACAUGGCCGACCGAAAAGACCACGAGAACCUCAGACAACUCAUCAUCGACAACCGACCGAAGCUGCUGCUGGUGAGCAAAGCGAAGGCGGCUAAGAUGGUACGCACUCUUAUAGAUCUCUAUCUAGACAUGGAGGCACGAACGGGCAACGAAAUUCAGCUAUGCAAAGAUUGUAUCGAGUGGGCGAGGAACGAAAAGCGUAUCUUCCUCAGACAGAAUCUCCAAGCUAGACUAGUGGAGCUUUACUUUACCUUCGGUCAAUACCAAGACGGAAUCGACCUGUCGGCCAAAUUACUGGACGAGUUGAAAAAGGUUGACGAUAAGUCGCUUCUGGUUGAAGUUUUUCUUCACGAGAGCAGAAUUUUCCACGCUUUGCAUAACCUCUCAAAAGCUCGCGCCUCCUUGACGUCGGCAAGAACGACUGUAACAACAAUAUAUUGCCCGCCCAAAUUGCAGGCACAUCUCGACCUCAUGUCGGGAAUUAUUCACGCCUCAGAAGAGAAAGAUUUCAAAACAGCCUAUUCGUAUUUCUACGAAGCGUUCGAGGGUUUUGACAGUGUAUCGUCAUCACAUGCAUUGAGGGCUUUGAAGUACAUGCUGCUAUGUAAGAUAAUAAUGAACCAAGCGGAGGAAGUGAAAUCGAUAGUUAGUGGCAAACUGGCUCUUAAAUACAACGGACGCGAUGUCGAUGCUCUCAAGAACAUCGCGACAUCUUACCACGAGAAACAGCUGCUAGUCUACAAGAACUACGUACAGGAGUAUGCAGACGUGUUCCAAAAUGACUCGACCAUGGUCCGCCAGUUGAAGAAACUAUAUGAUAGACUCAUGGAACAGAAUCUUUGCCGUGUGGUGCGGCCGUAUUCAACUGUCCAUGUAAGCAAAGUGGCGCAGCUGAUCGAACUGCCUGAAGCGGACGUUGAGAAGAAACUCAGCCAGAUGAUUCUGGACGGACUUCUCAGGGGCACAAUAGACCAGGGCAGUGGAGUACUGGAACUGUUCCAGGUUGACGACAAGGACAAGACAUAUGAGGGAAUUCUAGAGACUAUCCAGAAUCUGGAGAAAGUGAUGAACUGUCUCUACGAAAAAUCCAACAAACUCACGUACUUGAACUGAAUUUAACUGCAAUUGUUUGUUGGAUAUGUGUUUAGUAAAGUCAUGAUAAUACGUAUGAUCCAUCACUGAACAUUUGAAAAAGAUUUGGUAUUUUUUUGUUUUUUUUUGUUGAAAAUUAAAGCGAUUAACGGGAAAAUUACCGUCAUUGAGUGCGAUCAUCUUUAUAACAUGACAAUGUUUUAAUGAGGAAAAUGGCAAUGAUAUUUACUGAACUUCGUGAAACUGAAUUUGUCUGUAUAUCAAUUGGAGGUUAACCAAAAAGGAUUCAGCUUCGAGUUUUAUAACUUUUGUUGAUAUAUUUGUGAAUAGGUUCAUCUCUUGAAAUUUAUGAUUACAUUGUUG